UUCUUUCUCCCUGCCUCCUUCUUCCUCACGGUGGCAGCUGGGAGCUCAGCUCUCCUCCCAUGGAGCUCGGCACCUCCCGCAGCAAGGAAUCCCCUGGCGUCCAGGUUCCCUGCAGCCGCCCUCCUCUCCGUUCAUAGGCGCAUGGAGCAGCAGCGGCUCCAUCUCCCUGGCUUCUUCCCCCACGCGCAGCGAGGGGCCUUCUUCCCCAGCGCAGGGAGCUCGGCUCCUCCUCUCCUCCCAUGGCCGUCGAGCUCCUGUCCAUGGCGUCCUCUACCCUUCUUCCUCCCUGGCGCUCGCUCCCUGCAGGAGAACAGUCCGGCUCCUCAUCCCCUCCCCCUUCUUCUUCCUUUGCCUUUCUUCUUCCCUGCUUCACGGCAGCAAGGCCACUAGCAGGCUCCCUGCUCCACGCGCCGCCCAGCCAUGGCGUCGUGCUUCCUCCCAUGGCGCAGGAGAUGCCCCAGCGAGCUCCCUUCCCUUCCCCAUGGCUCGAGCUCGAGUUUCCUCAUGGCGCUGCCUCCCUGUCCAUGGCGACGCAGCAGCUCCCUCCCAUGGCGCCCCCUGCUCUUCCUCCUUGGCGCCCAGAAUUUGCAGCAGCAUCUCCCUCCCCCAAACUUCUCUUGCCAUGGCCGAUUCUUCCCUGCGCCCUACUCUCCCAUGGAAAUCCAGCAGGAGCUCCAUUUCCUCCAUGGUCGGCGCCCCGCGCAGCGCCUCUGCGCGACUCUCCCUCCCCAAACAGCGAGCCCGCUUCCUCGCUGCUCGUCGUGGUGCCCGCCGGCUGUUCGGCAAAAUGCGCAGCAAGCCGCACGCUGCAGCAACCCUCCAGUUCAUUCUCCACUUCCCCGUCGCGAGUCAUCGCUCUCGUGUUUGCUGCGCAGCGAACAGCAUGUCGGGAUUCCCGCCGGGUGUUUGCUGUUUUGCGCAGCUCCGUUGUCGUCGUCGUUCACCCCGGAGAUAACCCCGUGUUUUGCGUGGAGAAGGCAAGCCGCUCGACGCUCGUCGAUGUCGUAGCGAUGCACAAAUCGGAAUCACCGUCGUCCUUGCAAACGCCGAUUGGGUUUGUUUAUGGUGAGCCAUGUCGCUCUCGAUUGACUUGAUUAAUAAAUUAUAUAGAUGUGGUUGAAAUGUUUUGGCGGUAGGUCGUAAUAUGGUCGUGCUCAUGAUUUCGAGUUAGAGAUUGGUGGUCGUCGAUUCGUAUAAAUUGGUCGAUGUGGUGCGUGUUUAAAAAUUG